AUGGAGCUCCUCAUUGGUACAUCUGCCUGGAGCUUCUCAGCAGACCAUCUACUCUUCUACAGAGACCCAGCAGGUCUCUCUGUGUUGAGCGUUGACAUGCGUGUGGCGGAGAACAGAAAAGACCAUUACACGGACAAGUUCAAGAGUUCCAGUCUCAUUGUGCGCAGGAAUAAAGAGUUCACCAUCAUCAUCAAACUAGACCGGGCCUUCAGUGCAGAGCAGGAUGAUGUGCAGGUGGAGUUCCUGAUUGGCAGUUCACCUAAUGAAAACAAGGGCACCUACAUCACUGUGUCCAUUGGAAAAGGGAAACAUAACAGGCACUGGAAGGGUCGUGUGGUGGAAAUGCAAGGCAAUGAAGUGACAGUGGGCAUAACACCUGACGCCAGCUGCAUCAUUGGCCGAUUCCGCACCUUUGUAGCAAUAGUGACUGAUUUUGGAAGACGGCGCACUCAGAGGAACCAAGACACUGAUUUCUAUGUGCUGUUCAAUCCUUGGGACCCUGCGGAUCAAGUGUACAUGGACAAAGAGGAAGACAGACAGGAGUAUGUGAUGAAUGAUGUGGGGAUCAUCUACAAUGGAGAAUACAACAACAUAACCUCCCGUUCAUGGAACUUUGGGCAGUUUGAAGAGGGGGUUCUGGAUGCCUGUCUUAUGGUAAUGGAUGCUGGGAAAGUACCGCUACUGUUCCGUGGAAAUGCCACUGAAGUAGUUCGGCAAGGAUCAGCUCUGCUGAACGCCCAAGACGAUAAAGGUGUCAUGGUUGGCAACUGGAGUGGUGAUUACUCCUCUGGCACAGCACCCACUGCCUGGACCGGAAGUCCUGAAAUCCUGCUCAAAUAUGCCAGUGAGGGUUGUGAGCCUGUGUGCUUUGUGCAGUGCUGGGUGUUUGCCGGCGUGAUGAACACUUUUAUGCGUUGUCUUGGGAUCCCUGCACGGGUCAUCACCAAUUUCUUCUCUGCUCAUGACAACACGGGCAACGUGAAGACAGACAUUGUGCUGGACAAAGAUGGGAAAAUUGACCGAAGCCGAACAAAAGAUUCAGUCUGGAACUACCACUGCUGGAAUGAGGUGUACAUGAAGAGGCCUGAUCUGCCUGAAAACUUCUCUGGCUGGCAGGUGGUCGACUGCACCCCUCAGGAGACCAGUGAUGGUCUUUAUCGAUGUGGCCCAACGUCUGUCAAUGCCAUCAAAGAGGGAGAGCUCAGCUAUCCGUUCGAUGCAAAGUUCGUCUUUGCAGAGGUAAAAAGAAGUCUCAAGGAGAGAGAGACCAUGCAGAUGGCAGAGCGUCGUGGAGUUUCUUCCAGGGACUACUUGCCACCCGCUGAAGCAGGUGUGACCAUCGAGCUCCAGGCUGACACCAUCAAAAUGGGUGAAAACCUCAAGCUGACUCUGAACAUUAAGAACCAGACCAAUAUGACUGGAUCUCCCAUGGUUGGCAAGGAACUCAUGGUCAGUGUGGAAUUCCUGAAUCCCUAUAAUUUCAUCCUGCAAAAGGUUCAUCUCCGCAUUGAUGGACCUGGUCUGAUACCGACCAAAUUGAAAUAUUACAGCCAGAUAUUACCUGGUGCCUCGGUGACAUAUAAAGUGUUGCUGAUCCCUCGAUUGCUGGGGAAGAAGGUGCUGAUGGUGUGUCUAGACUGCCCUCUACUGAGACAGGUCACCAAUCAGCUGGAAUUUGUAGUGAAAGACGAAAAUAGGAAUGACCUAAAAGAGUGACACAGGGAACAAGAUAGAGAAAAGACAGGGAAAGAGGAACGGAAGAGAAAACACAA